ACUACUUGAAACCAGUGAACAAAUCAGAAAAUAAAGCUGAACAUUAAUGCUGUUUGUUCACCUUUUUCAAAUGUUAUCAUUCCUCGACUUGCUCCAAUAUCGCUGGCAUUAAAAGAAGSGUUGCUACUAGAUAUGGUCCAUUCAGCUGUGGCACGUCCUGCAGUCCCAUCUCUGACCACCAGUAGAAUAACGUUCCUUGAUGAAGGUCCUUCUGGCUCCUGUACGGGAAUGGUUUGAUGGAGUUUUUCAAAACCAAUUUCACCAUCGGCGUCCGAUGCUGUGACGUUCAGGAAUGACCACAGAGAAAGAAGCACUUGUUUYUCCACUUGAGAAGGUUACRUSUCCACUUGGCACCAAGCUUAGUUCGUUGGACGGUGAGCCUGAACCAGGGAGGUAAUACUCAAUGGAGUAAUUGACAGAUAUGGAUCGUAAUGUUCCACCAUUGCGUUCAAUCUCUAGGCUUAACUGACGUGGUGUUGUGUUCUACGAUACGAAAAACGGUAGCCAGUGGGUAGCAAACCUGUGGCCAUUGGAAAAGCGACAUGGCCUUGUAAUGGCAACAAAAGAGCCACCAAUUAGCAAAGAACUUUGAUGAUUUACCAACAGCCACAGAUAGCUGUUAUGGGGACAUUUAUUUUUGCGAAAGUACGAGGUUACAGCAUCUUGGCUCAUUGGUCACUUAAUGGUACAGAACAAGGACUAAGCCUUCACGGUGGACCCACCUUUGUCGAAGGUCGUUAUCCAGGAAGUAAAGCCAUCAACUUUAACCAACCGUCCAACUGCUUUGCACGAAUUCCUAAGGUUGAACUUCGUGGCAAGAGUUUCACCAUUGCUCUCUGGGUUAAAGUGAACAGCAGUCUUGACAGAGACCAAGUAGUGCUUGGUGACUGAUAUCAACCAUAUCAGUU